AUGAUGCUCCUUAGGAGUUUGUAUCUCUUGACUUUGUUCGCCUGCACUCUCGCCACGGCUCCUCAUCCCCUCCAUGUCAGAGAAACCAACCCGGAUCCUUCACCGCCCGCGCCAAACGUCCUCGACCCCCGCGUUCCACCCAACUGGAUCUCAACCCAAUCCACAGGCCAGCACGGCACACGGGGCCGCUACGCCGUCACCUUCUGGAAAGCCACCGCCAUCCUCCCCGUCGUGGCCGCCGCUCAGCCGCUGGCGGACUUCUACCGAAAGGCCACCUUGGCCGCUGUUCAAGCAAUCAGCGCCCAGUUGAUCACGAACAGCUACACGUUUGAGCUCGGCGCGCUUAAUCUCUACGUUGAUACGUUGGAUAGGAGUCCGAUUGAUAUGGAGUUGCUGAUACAAUUCGCGGGGAAUAUGGUCGGGCUCACGAACAGGGGUUGGACGGAUCAUUAUACUGCGUUGGUGAAGAAUCAAGUGACGGGGGCGCUGACGUUGAUUAGUUUGGAGGCGGCGGGUGGGGUGGCGAUGGCGUGGCUGGGGUCGGCGACGUCGGUGGAGCAGUAUGGGAAUGAUCCGUUUGGUAGUUAG